AUGGCGCGCGCCCAGCAGUCAACGAGCUGUGAUGAAGGUGUCGUCGGUGUUGACGAUGAAAGCAUUUGGUUCGUCCUCCGCCGGCUGAUCCCGCCGAAUGGGCGAACCGCCGCCGUUGCCAUCGCCCAUUCGGACGGGAUCAGCCGGCGGAGGACGAACCAAAUAGAGUGGCACGAUGAUCCUAAUCCUUUUGCCUCCUGCCGCCUGCCGCCUUUAAAUGGCGGCGUCGGUCUUCACACCUGCUUCACCACCGGUGAGCCACUGCGAAAACACGAGCACACAACAAGCACGCACAGCUCUAGCUUAGCUUCGGGACAAUAUCUUGCUGAGGGAAACCAACCACGCAGCAUGGAGCACGGUCAGCAGGGGCAGUACGGCCACGGCACCACGGGCCGUGUCGACCAGUACGGUAACCCAGUCGGCGGCGGCGUCGUGCACGGCACCACCGGAACCGGAGGCAUGGGGUACGGUACAGGAACCGGAACCGGAACCGGCGGCGCUGGCAUGGGUGGCGGGCAGUUCCAGCCAGCGAGGGAGGAGCACAAGGCCGGCGGCAUCCUGCAUCGCUCCGGCAGCUCCAGCUCCAGCUCGUCUGAGGACGACGGCAUGGGCGGAAGGAGGAAGAAGGGAAUCAAGGAGAAGAUCAAGGAGAAGCUGCCCGGAGGCCACAAGGACAACCAGCACGCCACGGCGACAGGCGGCGCCUGCGGGCAGCAGGGACACACCGGCGGAACCUACGGUACCGAGGGCACCGGCGAGAGCGAGAAGAAAGGCAUCAUGGACAAGAUCAAGGAGAAGCUGCCCGGACAGCACUAA